GAUGCCCGUGUGGCUUUGAAUGCUCUGGAAAUUUCUGCAACUAUUGCUGCAGCACGGCUUUGGGGAAAUGAAGAAAAGGCUGUCAAGCGUGGGGAUCAAGGUAAUGAAACCUCUGUUGUUGUUUCAAAGUCGAAAUCUGAUGGAGCUGUUGUCUGCGUUGAUGAUGCUAAAGAAGCUUUUCAGUGCAAACACAUUGCUUAUGACAAGGCUGGGGAAGAACACUAUAAUCUUAUCAGUGCACUUCAUAAAUCGAUGAGAGGCAGUGAUGCCAAUGCAGCAAUAUACUGGUUAGCUAGAAUGUUAGAAGGAGGUGAAGAACCUCUUUACAUUGCUCGACGUCUCAUUCGGUUUGCUUGUGAAGAUGUUGGAUUAGCAGACCCUACUGCACUCAAUCAGUCUGUUGCUUGUUACCAGGCUUGCCAUUUUAUUGGAAUGCCGGAAUGCAACGUCAUCUUAGCACAAUGUGUUUCCUACUUGGCUUUGGCUCCUAAGUCUGUUGCUGUUUGCCAAGCGAUAGGAGCUGCGCAGAAGAUGGUUAAAGAAUCAGCAGGGCAGAAUGGGGGAGUGCCUUUCCAUUUGAGAAAUGCACCAACUAAGCUAAUGAAGGAGAUCGGGUAUGGUAAGGGCUAUAUUUACCCUCCCAACGACCCAAUAUUUUCCUCAUUGCAGACUUACUUGCCAUCAUCAUUACAAGGUCAUACAUUUCUCAACUGGCCAGGACUGAAUCCUAAGUCCAACAGAUGA